AUGACCGUCUCCAAACAAGGAAAUAUCCUCAUUACAGGCGCGGCGGGUUUCAUAAGCAAGGCCUUGACAAUCGCCCUGGUCAAGUCGUCGCCAAAUCUGAUCUUGACCCUGACCGUCGUCAUCGAGCCUCCAGUUCCGCCGGUCACAUCACUUCUCUCGAGUGCCUUCACAGCCGCCUACCUGCUGCAUGGCCUCAUGUCAGGCGGCGCCGAAGCCAACCUCAAGCUGGGCUGGAAAGUGCGCUGGGAUAUCGAAACCUACCUCAACGACUUCUCCCGGCGCGACCUCCUCCGGUUUCCAGCCGUCAUCGCGAGCCACUCCCCACUCCGGGGCGAGAAUAGCGUUUUUCCCAUGACGCGGGACCUGGAGAUGUGGGUGUGCAGCCCCAUGAUGGUGGUGGAGAACUUGGUUUGGGUUGAGCGUAAACUACCCGGGAUUACGGCAUCGGUGCGCCAGAUUCUAGAUGCGCUCGAGACGGUUGGUGGGAAGGAGGCGGUGUGGUUGAUUGAGGAGGCCAGAAACUCGAAAGUUGAGGCAAUUGUGGGGAGUUGGCCGGCGCGAUUCGACAUUGCGAGGGCGAAGGAGUUGGGCAUGGAGGGGUAUGGGAUGUUGGAGGAGACGGUCACGGCGGUUGCCGAGAGCUUGAAGCAAUGGGAGCUAGAUUUAAUACCACUUUACUUGAUAAUGCUUGCAAUAAGGUUCAAUUUCGCCGUCGCUACAAAAGGCUUGGGCUCAAGUCCGAUGUUUCAAAUGCGGUAG